UCUUUGCCAAUCUCAGAUGGGAAUGAUAUGGAAAAUUAUCAAUCACAGUCUAAUAUUUCUGCAAAUAAUAAUUCUUUAGCAACUAUUAAUGAAAAUAUAAAUCAUUCUCAAAUAUCAUCCAUUCCUAAACCCAAAAGAACAUACAAUUGUUGGAACAAAGAUAAAAUUGAAAUGGUAAUGAAAAUAUUAGCAAUGCCAGAGGAAGAACAGAUGAAGGUUAAGGACAUUGCUAAAUUUGUUAAUAUGUCGAAGGCAUCAAUACAUAAAAUAAAGCGGGAUACAUUUCCAGAAAUUAUUGGUGAGCCCCUAAAGGAAUUCUCGCUUAAACAAAGGGGGAGAAAAAUUAAAGACACAGCAAAUAUUGAAAGGCAAAUUAUGGAUUUGCUAAUCGACAAUAAUACCUUCACGGUGAAGGAUAUAAUUGAGAAUUUGCCCUCUGGUUCUCCAAAAAAUAUUGGAACUAUAAGGAAAUAUAUUAAAAACAUCCGAUGGUCCAAAAAAAGAGCUGGGAAUGAACCAGAUCGCAGGAAUACACCAGGAGCUAUCAAUAUUCGACAGGUGUAUUGCCGCAAAUUGCUGAACAUCUCCAGAGAAAGACUCUAUUUUCUCGACGAAACAGGCAUCAAUUUUCAUGUUGUACCUGUCUAUGCUUGGGCACCACUCAACGUUAGACCAUCAAUAAAGGUGCCACCCUCAAAAGGGAAAAAUGUAAGUGUACUUUGCACUAUAGGAAUUUGUGGAGUUAUACAUUAUAAAAUCAUCGAAGGAUCAUAUAAUGGUAUGUUAUUCCGAAAUUCAUUAAUGGAUAUUAUUAGUAUAUUACCACCAGAUGCCAUAUUAGUUAUGGACAAUGCGUCAAUACAUAAAAGUCAUCUAAUUGAUGACUAUAAAGAGAGAAUUGAAUAUCUUCCCCCAUACUCACCACAAUUAAACCCAAUUGAAAAUUUUUUCGGGGUUUUCAAAAACAAGUACAGGUCAUUAAUUCCCAGACCAAGUACAAGGGAACAUAUAAUAAAUAAUAUUAAUCAAAUAAUGAAUCAAUUUAUUCCAUAUGAUUUUACAAAUUUCUAUAAUCAUAUGCAACAUUAUUUGGAGCUGGGCUAUCGUGGACUACCUCUUGACUAAAGUACUACUUAAGCAAGCAAUUUAUGACUAUGAACUAUCAUUAAAUAUUUCAUAUUUUAUUAAUUAAUAUUCAUGUAUUAG